AUGAAGUAUAUUUUAAUAACAGCUUUAUUAAUCAUAUCGUUGGGAGGAUACGGUAAAUCAGCUUUAUUCGAAAGUGAUUCUUGUUAUUCAUUUGGUAGCGGAAAUGUGUUCCCUGGAGGAGCUAGAAAAAUUGACCACAAAUUGCAAUUUACAAAAGCAAUGAUUUCAAAACCGGCUCCUGAGUGGGAGGCAACUGCAGUUAUUAAUGGAGAAAUUAAGCAGUUAUCGCUAUCGAGUUUUAUGGGAAAAUAUUUGGUUUUCUUCUUUUAUCCCCUGGAUUUCACUUUUGUUUGCCCAACUGAGAUUUUGGCAUUUUCCGAGAGAAUUGAAGAAUUCAAAAAAAUUAAUACUGAAGUUGUUGCCUGCUCUGUUGAUUCUCAUUUCACUCACCUUGCAUGGAUUAACACCCCGCGAAAAGAAGGUGGAUUAGGAAAAAUUAGAAUUCCACUCCUCAGUGACUUGACACAUUCUAUUGCUAAAGAUUAUGGAGUAUACCUAGAAGAUGUCGGACAUACAUUGAGAGGGCUAUUUAUUAUUGAUGACAAAGGAAUUUUAAGGCAGAUAACAAUGAAUGAUUUACCUGUAGGACGUUCAGUUGAUGAAACUCUUCGAUUAGUUCAAGCAUUCCAAUACACAGACCAACAUGGGGAAGUCUGUCCAGCUGGCUGGAAGCCAGGACAGGAUACGGUUAAGAUCAUUCCUAAUCCAGAUGAAAAGAAGAAAUAUUUUGAGAAAAUGGCUAGUAAUCAUUAA